ACGCUUUGUUUUGCAGAGGGACUAAGCCAGUUGAUUACGUCGAGAGCCUAUCCCCACCCCCAAAAGUGAUACACACAGGGCUGUUGUGUAUCUCCCGAAAAGACGCAGACAACUACUGCGUUACCAUACCUACCUGCUGCUCUCCUUUCUGCACUAUCCAGCCUCCCCGUUUCCAUCCAUCGCACCUCCAAAUUGCUUUCAUCAUCAUCAUCAUCGUUCAUUCGUUGUUCGCCAUGACAGCUCCCAAUCCACCCCCACCACCAGCACCAGCAGCAUCCCAAGACGUAGCAGGCCUGCUCGCUGAAGUCCUGACCAGCCUGAAGACAUUGCAACAAGACAAUGCGAAUCUGGCAAGUUCCAUAGAUGCUAUAAAUGGUCGUGUGAACAUACUCGCGGGCGUCAAGCAAGUCCAUGACUCCGCUCUGCCCGCUGCCAAACCAAGCAAUGGUGCGUCUGCUGCCGUGGCGGCGGACCAGAAGGGAGAUGCCUCCAAGGGCCCAGCCUCAACGGCUGCUGCAGAUCGCAAUGAAGCCUCGCCAGCAGUGCCAGAUACUGACAGCCUUCGACGAACAAGCUUCUCGUCCAAGAUCAUCUUGACCACUCACCCUGGACAGUCGGGCGUUGACCCCUUCCCAAUGAACUGGGGUCACAAAGACCCAAACGUCAGAGGACCUGUAGUCGUUUCAAGGCACCAGAACACUAUCAAGCGUCGCAAUGCGAUUGGUGCACACGGUGGGUCUUACUCCAUCUACCAUGCCCUCGCCGUUGCCAGCAAGAAUCUCGAUGUCGACCACAAGCCGGACUUUACGAAUACCGAGCCAGCCGCAGAUAUUGGGCCGUUCCCGCAAUGGAGCGACCCGAAGAAGAUUGUGUCGAUGGACCCACUCGGUCACCUCGCGCCGUGGCUCUACAAAGAUGCCAUCAACAACGAUGGCGUCGAGAUCCGUCCGACGAUUGCAGUCACGAAAGCACACAUGAAGCUGCCCGAGUUGGAGCAUAGCGUCAAAGCAGGACGGCUUGUGCCCGACGGCAAGAUCUGUCUGAACGAGACUGGGGAGCUCAAUGUCACCAAGUUUGCCGUGGAACCAGUAUGGUAUCUUCCCGGCGUGGCAGAGAGGUUUGGCAUAGACGAGGGCACGCUGCGACGACAUCUUUUUGAAGAGACUGGAGGCUCCUAUCCCGAGCUCAUCACGCGUAGCGACAUCAAGCUCUUCCUGCCACCGAUUGGAGGCUUGACGGUGUACUGCUUUGGCGAUCCGGCCAAGAUGGCAGACGCAAGCGUCAGACUCGCACUGCGCGUUCACGACGAAUGUAAUGGUAGCGACGUCUUUGGGUCCGACAUCUGCACCUGUCGGCCAUACCUGAUCUUCGGCGUGGAGGAAGCAGUCAAGGAGGCACAGAAGGGCGGCAGCGGGGUAGUGAUAUACUUUAGAAAGGAAGGAAGAGCGCUGGGCGAGGUGACGAAAUACCUGGUGUACAACGCGCGCAAGCGUGGGACAGACAAGGCAUCGGAAUACUUCCAGAGGACAGAGAACAUUGCCGGCGUAAAGGACAUGCGCUUCCAAGCGCUCAUGCCCGAUAUCCUACACUGGCUCGGCAUCACAAAGAUUGACCGUAUGCUGAGUAUGUCAAACAUGAAGCAUGACGCGAUCGUCGAGCAGGGGAUUCCGAUUCACGAGCGAGUGCCUAUUCCGGACGAGAUGAUUCCGGAAGACAGUCGAGUGGAGAUUGACGCCAAGAUCCACGCGGGCUACUUCACGACAGGCAAGGUGAUGAGCAUGGAGGAGCUCUCAAAGGUCAAGGGCCGUGGCUGGGAGGAUGUGGAUCACUGAGUUGAGUGUGUGUGUGCAAUGGACGUGUAACUAGGGUGGCAGGAUGUUGCAGUGGUGAUACAUGGAUGGACGGAUGAUGGAUGGACGGAUGGGU